UUUAUUUUAUUCCUUCGAAGUUGUAGUACCAUCGGGCACGGGCAUAAUCAGACUCACCAUACCUUUUUGAAUAAAUAAGAACUAUCCAUUCCAUCUGCUCAAAUUUUAACUUAGUCAUGCACUAUAACUAAGUAUAAGUGAUUAAAGUAGACAGAUUCAUUUAGUACCGUAUACAGAAUGGGCUCGAAUUCUGGCGAAAAAAUCAAAAUACCCGUGAGUGGCCGAGUUAGAGUUGCUCUUACUCUUAUUUAAUAUUUACUAUUCUAUAUACUAUAUACCUUAGUGAAUUUUAUUUUUUAAUUUAUAAAAUUAAUAAAUCACAAGAAGGUCCUAACUAUAACGUCUAGUUUAAAUUACUCACUAUCUACCAUAGAAUUGACAGGGUGGCACUAGACUGACUAGAGGGUGGUGAAUGGGUCCACCGCCAAGGGACCUGCGCUUCUACUGUACACAUCCCCCUCCCUCUUUUUUUUUUUUUUUUUUUUUUUUUUUUUUAUUUUGCCCUUGCCUUACUUAUAAUAAAUAAUGCUUAUAUUAUUAAUAUUAUAUAUUAAUAUUUCCAGGUUGUGAUAAUUCAUAGUUCCUAAUUUCCAGUUAACACAGUGUAUGAAUGUACCAAGUUAAUCAAAUGGUCAAUCAGUACAUUUACCUCAUUAUCCCUCCAGGUUCAACUGUGUGAAGAGAAGGGGCCAUCCAUAAAUUAAAUGAAGUCAAGUGUGUGUGUGUGGGGGGGGGGGUUUAGGUGGGUCACAUUUUUUUGACAAUGUGGGACAAAGGGGAGGGGGGGGGUUAAAGCAAUGUGACAUCAUGCAGAACAUUAUAGUAAAAAUAAUGCACUUAAUAACACUAAAUUAAAGACCCUUUUAACAUUAUUCUUUUAAACAAAAAUUAUAAUUAUUUGAUUUUCAAACUACAAUCACUGAGAGAAUCAGUACAUGUAUGCGAGGUCCGAGAAAGGGCAUCUGAUCAAGUUACAGGAUGUCAUGGAGGAGUAGAUUCGGGGUGUAGUGACUGACAGUCGUGAGAAUUUAUGUGGAAAUGUGGAGUUGGGAAUCAUAGAUUUGGGGGCUAACUCAGGACACUACCUUUUCACUUUCUUUAUGGAAAAAAAAAUAUUGGACUGGGGAGGAGGUGGGGGCGAUUUUAGCAAAUGUUCGAGGCCAGGGAUUUUUAAAUUUUUGCAGUGCUGCAUCCCCCCUCCCCCCCAAACUUCUAAAAAUCCCAACAUUGUAAAGGACAGUAGUGGUCAGAUGUACUUUUAUGGGGGGUAGGGUGCAGAGGUUUGUGACGUUAAAAUGGGGAGGGGUCUAACUUUUUGUGACAAUUUAAUUUGUGACAAUGGGGGAAAAAAGGGGGGGGGGGAUCCACAAAAUUUCCAUGACGUCAGUUAUGGAUGGCCCCGAAGACCACAUAGUCUGUGAAUAAUGAAACUGGUUCAAACAAAGAUUUAGGGGUGUCAUAUUCAUAAUAUUCUACGAUGUCAUGUUUGGUGUCAACACCAUCAGCCGUCAGCAAAAUCUUGCAUACCUCGACUUUGCAACUUGAUGUAGCCAUUAUACAUGUCAAAUGUCUAAUCUGUUUAUUCAUCAAAUAGAAAGAAGAACAAUUUACAUCUUAAAUGAUCACUGGAAAGAAAAAUUGCAUCAGGAACAAACAUUGAGCUUGUGUUUAAAGGACGACGCAAUAUGCGAAGAAAGGGGCAGUUUGAAUAUGAAUUAAGAGCUGAGAGAUGCUUCACGUCAGAAACCUUUUUUAGUCGAAAAGUCUUUUUCAAUUUUUGUGAUCUUUAAAAUGUUUUCCUACCUUGUGUACUAUGCUUUAUGCUGCUUUAACCUGAACUCAGUAGUCCCCAAAUGACACUAAUUGGAUGUUCUGCUAAUUGGAUUGUUUUUCAAAUAAUGCAAUCACGAAAAAUUAUUGUUGUCACCAUAGCAAGUGCAAAAAUAGUAUUUUAAAAUUAAAGUUGACAAAAAUUGCUUUGAGAUCAUCAUUGUCUUACAUGUAAGCCAUUUGAUUGAAUGGAUUUUCUACUUUCACAACUAACCCCUUCAUUACCGCUGGGAUUUUUAGGGGAGGGGGGGACGACAUCGAUUUUUGCUGACUUGGCAAUAAUUUUUUUUUUUUUUUUAAAAUUAAAAAAAAAAAAGAAAAUGAAAUUUUUUGUAUAUUUCAUUCUCUAUUCGAUUCGCUUUUUAACUUCUCUAUAUAUUAACAAAUAAGGAAAUAUAUAGCAUUGAAAUUUAACAUAGACUUGACAUCCUUGGUUUUUCAGAAAAGUUCUUUCGCUUUUUGUUAUGACGACACGUUAGCGUCCUUGGUAAUUGAAAGUGGGUGACCAUGACGUUGCAUAGACGUCGUCGGUAAGGAAGUGGUUAAACAAGACAUUGCUACCACCCUUGACAAUGAUGAACCAUCAAUUUUUUUCUUUUUAAGAAGCUACCAGAUUAUUGUCUUGAAAUCAAUUUUUUUACGGGUAUGUUAGCCCUAUCUGAUACAAAUAGGGCCUACUCAUACUCUUCUUCUACUUUAUUAGUAAAUUAUAAAUACUAAACUUUUUUCAGUGAUACACACAAAAGCAGGUCACAGGAAACAUUUUACGAUUAUUUUAAUUUUAGAUGAGUAUGCCAUUAAACAUUUUGAGUAAAUGGUCUGAAUAAUAAUAAGGGAAUCAUUGCCUUCAGUCUUCAGCCCAGUUACUAUUUUAAAAAUUUAAGAAUUUAGUUACAUGAAUUUUAAAUGCUAAAUAGUGUCAAAGCAGGAUAUGGGCAUGCCUAUAUUAAUAUCAAAGCAAAUUAUUGAAAUCAGACUAUAUGUAAAUAAAAUUAGUUAUGAAUAUAUACAAGUAUUUGAAUAUUGUAAACAAUUUGUUAAAAUAAGAAAGAUUUAAUUUCAUCAGCAAACAGAUAUUUGAAAACACCUAGUAAUAUAUCACAGGACUGAAGAAAAGAAAAAUAAUUGAAAAUAUAUAUUAAUAAUGUUUUGAGUGGGCAUACUGUCUAAAAACUAAUCUAAUUAUUUUAAAACUUGUUUGCAGUAUGAUGCAAUUGAAGAUCACAUACACUGCUCCAUUUGCCUGUCUGUGAUUAGAGGUGCUGUUUUAACCCCUUGUGGACAUCGUUAUUGCUGUCGUUGCAUAACAGAAUGGGUUGGACAGAAGCAUAACUGCCCUUGUUGUAACAGUGCUUUGACAACUUCUCAGUUUUAUUUUGAUGUUCAAUUUGAUUCCUUAGUUGGUGUGUUGGUUUUCUUUUUUGAUCAUAAGUUUAAUUUUUUAAGGGUAUACUCAGAACUCGGAUACAUGUUUAUAAAAGGGUUUAUAAAAUCCUUUAAUUAAAAAUUUUUUCUUUUAAAAAAUAUUUUAUUCUAUUAAAACUGUCUUUUCAUUAGUUAGACUUUUUAACUUGGCCUAUAGAUUUUGAUCAGGCACAAAUCAUGGUUUUUAAGGUGAGAUGGGCUUAACUUCUUAGGACUUCUACUUAUUAUAUUGUACUAUCACUUUACCAUAUAGACCUACAGACAAUUAUAAGUAACAAGGCCAAAUAGAGGGAAACUUAUUUUUAAGUUCAAAUGUUUUGCUCAUAACUUGUUUUGUUUUUUCGGUUGUGAUGAGUCCACCAACCAUUGCUGUAUCUGAUAUAAUGGGUGUGAUUGUCCGCCCAUCAUUGCUUUUAUCUGCUAUAAUAGGUGCGAUGGGCCCUACACCAUGUCGGUAUCUGCUAUAAAAAUAGUUAUGUCACCGCCCUAAAAUUGCCAACGUUAGUUUUCAACUCAUUUAAUUUAAAACUGUGACAAGAUAGAAACAAAAAUUAUUAUGCAAAAACAGAUGAAAGAAUUAAUUUUAAAAAAAGGUAGCAUCAGAUUAGAGUAAAAUUUUACACUUUUAUUGACAGAGGAUGUCCUAAUUCAAAGAGACAAAGCUGAAGAAGCUUUCUUUGACCAAAUGUUUCACCCAGGUGAGAUAUUUUCUCUUAUUUUUUUAUUAAAAGUAAGAGAUGAAUUUUCAGGAGUUAUUUAUUAACUAGAUUAUACCCCUUUGAAAAAAUUAUCAGUUCAUUAUUAAAAUCUAAAUCAAUGUACAGCUACCUCUAGAAAGGCAGACAAAAAUAAGCUUAUUUUUGCUAUUAAUCACAAUAAUGAAGAUAUUAUUAUUAUUAUUUGGUUUAGGGAGAAUACGCAUAAAUAUCAAUUAUAAAUGGGGGAAGAAACAGCAGUUCAUCCUCCACUGAUUGGCAAACAUCUGACCAUUUUUACCCACACUUGAGAAAUUAGCAUCUCAUCAUCAUCACGAAAAGGGAAUGUUUGUAGGUACAGCAAUGUUGAAUAGACCAGUGACAUUACCAGUUCUAGCGAGAAGUUGGCCAUUAAUGAAUAAAUGGAAGCAUCAAAGGCUGAUGCACCCAAGUGUUUCAAAACACAAGUCCCAUAUUUUUCUCUCAUCAUCGGCUCAAUAAAAUGUUAACACCGUAAUGAGAAAUUUUAAACCUAAAAAUAAACAUUAUUAAGAUAUAAAUUGAAAGCCCUUUGCUUGAGUAUCUGACACCCAUAUGAGGAGAAGAAAAUCAAGGUUUCCAUAAUCAUUGUACAAAAGUAUACCUUUGGAUUUAAUUAAAAUAUAGGAUGAAUUCAAAAUGCACACAAAUUGUUCAACUUUUUAUUUUGCAAGGAAUAUUUAUUACAUGUUCAGUCAGAUGAAGAAAUUGGCAAAUUAUUUUAUAGUGCUUUUUAAAAUUUUAUUAUAUUUAAGCAGUCAUAGAUGCUGCUAACAAAUCUCCAUUUGAGGAAAUACUUAAAAGUAAGUGUUUUUGUUUUGAGAAAAUAAACUGGUGUUUCUUUUACAAUAAUUAUUUUGGCUAAUUUACUUUAAAGUGGACAUAAAAUAAUAUUAGAUAGCUUAGAAUCUAGUGAAGCUAGUUAUUUAUGUAAAUCAAUAAAAUCAUGUAUCCAUCUCUUAACAGUAUAUUCUUUAUUGGCAUGUUAAUGUUUUGUUCUGUUUUUUCAUAUUCUUGAUAUCGAUUACUAACUGAAUAGCCAUUAGUGCAUUGUUAUUUUAAAAUUUAGAAAUAUAACUUAUAAAUUAUUUGUAUUUGCCGCAUAAUUAUUUUUAUUAUUAACAGCAACAAAAAAAAAAAAAUGAUUUAGAAACCCAAGAAUCCACAGCACAAUUUCAUUGUAAUUUAACUUUCAGAUGAGGCAUUCAUUUGCCACAAUAUCUUACAUCAGUGGUUCUCAACCUUUCAAAUGCCGCGACCCUUUAAUACAGCUCCUCAUGUUGUGGCGACCCCAAACCACUAAAUUAUUUACCUUCAUACUUUAUAUCUGUAGAGCAUAUGUGUUUUCAGAUUGUUCUAGGCGACCCCCGUGAAAGGGUCUUGUGACCCCCAAAGGGGUCGCGACCCACAGGUUGAGAACUGCUGCCUUACAUGAAUGUUUGUUCACUAGCAGCAGGCUGAACCCACAAAGAAUAAAUAAUAUCUUAACUAUGAAGAUAGUAUGAUGUAGGCCAGAGGCACCACUAGGGUUUGUGUCACCUGGUAAGGUAAACUUAUGCCCCCCCCCCCCCCCCCAAUUUUUUUUCCUUCGGAUCCAUCCCUACACUUGGUGAGACUUUCCCCUGGCAUAGGCCAGAUUUAUUGAUGUGGAGAUGGUUGUUAAAACUAAAAGUAAAGAAGCUUUUAAUAAAAUACUUAAAAAUCUUUAAAAUCUUAAUAAUCAAUGAGCUUAUGAAAUAUUUCAAUGUAUUUUUUAUAGGACACAUGAAAACCAGUUUACUGUCACAUCAAAGGUAUUUUGAUGUAAGUUAAAAUCAAUUUUCUCUUUGAGCUUUUGUUCAACUUAACUUUAAAAAAAAUAUAAUUUAUUAAAUACUUAUUUAAAAACUUUGGCUAAUUAUUUCUCAUUCAAAAGUUGAAAAAUGUCAUGAAUAUAAUUAAAAAACUAUUUGCAGUCUUUAUACUUGAAUUUUUUUUAGGCGAAUAAUCUUGAAUUUUUAACCAUUUGUCUUCCAAAUUUCCUUAUGCCAUUUUAAGAUAGGGAUUAAUUGCUGUCAAGUUUUCAUGUGGGAUAUUUUUUUUACUUCACAAGUAGUAAACUAUAUCUCUUGACAAUUGACAGACUUUUUUUUUACAGCUUAAAGUAAUAAUUUGAAAAGAUUUUUUACCUGGAGGUUUACUGAUAAAGUUCUAAUCAUCAAUGAUGAGCAGAAAACCAAUUAAGAAAUAUGAUGAAAUGUUGAGAAUUUUCCCACUAAAAUGAAGCCAUAGAUAUUUCAAUCUGGUAUGGUUUAAACUAGUGGAGAGAAUACAGUAACUGGGAGGAGGUAAAAAAAAUGAAGUUUAAAUUAUAAAUUGAAAACUCAUUUUUUUGGUCCCUUUUAAAUUAAUACAAAUAAAAAUACUAAACUGCUUAUGUAAAAUGCAUCGACUAACAUUUUUAAAUUACUUUUUUCUUACUUCUUUAAUUUAAAAAGUUAUAUCUUUUUUAUGUUAUAAUUAAAAUAACCCACAGAAGCUGAGAGAAGAAUGUCACCAAAAGCUAGCACUUCUUGACAAGGGGUUAAACAACUGUUUUCAAGUUGAUGAUGUACCCAGUAAUGCAGAUUUGUUGAAAGAACAUUUACAAAAAAAUCUUGAAGAGAGCGAAAAACUGGUGGCAGAUGCUUUUGACAGGUUGCUAUUUUAUUUUAAUUUCUUAUAAAACAAUACUCACAAAUCAGACUCAGGACUGUUACUAAUUUUAUUUAAGAAGUUUCUGCCUAUGCUGAAACAAUUUAUUAAGUAAAAAAUGGGAUAUGUUAUGUCCUCAUGCAGCCCUCAACACUGGCGGUUGCAUGAUGCAACUGCCAAGCAAAUCUACUUCUGUCUUUCAGCUCUUUCUGUAGGAACUGUCUGCUUGGUCAGAAUUCUGUUCCAAAUAUUGCUAUGUGCCAUGUGUGCCAUCAGACAGGAAUGGGCCUUUGCUAGAGACCCAAUGAGAUAAUAAAUUAAAUUAUUUUGUCUAUUCUACCUAUGCUGCUGUCUAGGAAUGAAUGAAGCUUUAUGCUCACUGUAAGUUAAGAUCAAUCCAGAAACUUUUUGCAAGGGAUGGGUAUUUUGAAUUUCACUUACCCUCUUCGGCAGCCUUAUCACUUCUCAAUAAGAUUUUUUGGACAUAUUUAGAAUUACAUCCUAUAAUUUUGUUUGUUUGUUGUAUGGUAUCUAAUUUGUAUAAAAGCUACUUGAAUCUAAAUUGUCUAUGUAUGUAUUUAUAAAAAAAAAAAUGUUUCAGGUAUUUAACUGAAAAUGUACCAAGCAUAGAAGUUCUCCCAGUUAAGGUGUCUGUGUAUAUAGCCGACAAAGAUGUUAGAAUAACAGAUGUUAUUUUAAAACCAUCUGAAAAGUAAGUGGCAUAUUCCUGAAAGCAAUGUUUUAAAUAAUUUCUAAAAAAAUUACUGAUGCUUCGAGAAUAUAUUUUAUAAAUGCCAUUAUAAGUGCUUUAAAAAUUAGGAUCUACUGCCAAAAUGUUUUUGUUUAAUAAAAUGCAUAGUACCUGGCCUGGAAAAAUCUGUUUUAAAAGCAAACAAAUCUGCUCAAAGUAAACUAAGAGAUAAUAUAUAAAAUUUGCAUUUUUGUUAAUAUUUAUAAUAAGGCUAGCACCAUUUGAUGAUUUGAAGGAAAGUGAAUCGUAAAUGUCCUUUGACAAUCGAUUUAUAAAUAGGGCUUAACAUAAUGGUUUUGAGUCUAUUAUGUUAAUUUUAUUUUGUACAAUUUAUUUGACUGUCAUCACAAAGUUUGUCUGAUAUCAAACCAUUCAUUGAGUCUGCCAUGCAAGAGAGAUGUGACGAUAUAAUCUCCUGGCUAGAUGAUGGCGGAAUUCGACUACUCUUCAGGUAAUUUUUUGCUUGUUUUCUAGUAAAUUGUUUUAAAUAUAAAAUAUGUGUACACAUAAUUAUGAGAAUUGUCUGCAACCAAUUGUUUUUUUUAAAGGGGGAUAUUUAAAUUUUUUUGUUAAUCUUUUUAAACAUCAACCUUUUGACUCCCAUGAGCCAAACGGCACUGGCCUGACGAUUUUUCGUUUCUAUCCCAUAAGCCGCAAUUUAAUAAUAAUUUUGUAAAAAGCUGAAGUUUUUUUAAAGGUUUGAUUUCACGUUGCUGUGUUGGGUGAACCAUAUUGCUUUGUGAUUUUGUGAGCUGUUUCAUGUUUACAGCCUGAUUUGUUUAUUUUGAUUGAGUUUUCGAUCGCCUACUUGCUGACUUUGUAGUACAAAUGAGUCAAGUGGCUCAGGCACAUGCCCCACUAGAGAUUUACUGCUAGUAAAGCUCUAGAACAAAUUCAAAUACUGCGUCAUGAUAAAACAAAUAUUAGGUUUACAUCUCACGCAUCUUUGUAAGAAAAAUGUUGACAACCACUUGUUGAAAGUUGGUGUAACAAAGGUAUUAUUGGUGGCCUUCAGAAACUUGAAAUGUUUACUAAUACUUAUAAUAGUAGUAAAUGUACUGAGGUCAUCCACCUUCAAACAACUGACUGAAAAUUUAUCAGAGUAUGUGGAUGACAAGCCUCGGUUACCUAAACAGGGGCUAGAAGUUGACAGCAAAGCAGAUAAUUUAUGUUGUAACAAAGUUACAGUGUUAAUCCAAGUCUACAUCACACUACACAAACUCAAAGAUAGAUUGUCUUAUCCUCAUGAGAGAUGACAUUUCAUGGUGGAUAUUAUUAUAUGUGUGCAAAAAAAACACUUCAGUACUAAAGAAAUCACUACUCAGUGUUUUGAAAUUUCAAGUGUGUAACCAGACAGGAUUACAAAAUUUUUAGCCAUUCAAAUCACCAUAGGAUAACACCCAAAGCCUAAUAGACUAAUACUCAAAUGUGUCUGUAAUAGUACAUCAAGAUGAUGAAUCAAAAGUGACUUUAGUUAAUACUGAAUGUUCUCCAUUGUUAUCCAAGGAGCCAGCAAAAAUAGAGCCUUUAUUGAAUCCUUCUUAUGAUUCUGGGAUUAUCCAAUUAUGACAGUUUAUGGCAGUUUAUCAACAGUUGAUGAUGGCAUAGUGAUUUGAUUCAAAUUCAGGUGGAGAUAUCAGAAGUACAAUAACUAAAGGAUCAAAACUUUCAGUUUAUGCGACAUGGUCUACACGGAAGACAUACUAUGGCCAUAAAGUAGCUGUAGUCUGAAUGAACAUCUUUAGCUAUUACUGUCCAUGAUUCAUCUACAGUCUAUCAUCCUGAUAUUGAUCCAUGAUUCUUCACUGGCAUCAAUGUCUUUUAUUUUAAAACCAUUGUAAGAGGGUUAUAAUUUUACUCAUGGUAAUGGUAAUAUGAUUAGGUUGUGUUUAUUGUAAUUUCGCUCUGAUUUUUUUAAUCCUUGGUUGUGUUUUACUAAAAAGUGGGCAAUUUUUUAAAUCAAUUUUGAAAACAUUUAGAUACUUUAGAGUUCAUUAGAUUUAUUAUCAGUUAAACAAUGCUAAGAGUGAUUGUUGAAAAGUUGUAAAUUAUAAAGUGCUGGUGUUUUGCAGAUUUUCAGUAAUUUUAUAUUUGUGAAUUAUUUGCGUCUAUUUUUGUUCUUGCUUUUGUCAAUGAUUUUUUAAAAUUGAUUUGUAGUCCAAAUUUAUAUCAAAGUCAUAUUUAGAAAAGAACAUUCAAUUCCCUUUCCAUUGAUAUGCAACACCUGGGGCCUAUCUCUUAUUUGAAUCUCAGGAUUUAGAUUUAAGUUCAACAGUGGUCUUGUUUUUCUACUGUGUCUGAGAGAGCUUGGUAAAACCAUGGACAUACUCUCAGGAGUCAAAGAGUUUAAAGUAUUUUUCCACAUGUUGUUUUGGCUCAGUUAACAUAACUCAUGCUUUUUAAACCUAAAAUUAUACUAUUGUGUAUUGAAUCCUUGAUAUCAAAAGGUGCAAAAAUAUUACACUGUCAUCAACCCUUAAAUGUCUUGUUCAUAAUACAGUAUGCACACAUUUUUCGCAAGUUUAAGUUAUUAAGAAUAAGUCCUUCAGGUUUAUUAUUAGCUUCUGAUAAAAUAACCCAUAAUAAUAAAGUUGAUCAUCUGUAAAAAGUUUUUUGCCUUAUGUCAGCCCCCCACCCCCUUCAGCCACAUGAAGAAAUUUGUAUGGGUCUGCAAGCUCCACAUUAUUUAAUAAUUGGACGCUAACUGUUAUUUGAGAAUUGUUUGGGUAGUAUGAAUGCUUUCCUCCUUUCCCAGGAGUAGCGGUUUCAUCAAAAAUCCUUUAUUCAGGGAAACUGAUUGAGCCACCUCUUUGGCUACCCCUGAUCAGGUAAAGGGUCCCCCUAAUCCCCCUUUAUCUUGUCAAGGUUAUUUCUUUUAAGGGUUUAAUGCUGCCCAAUGAGCCUAAUUUUCCUUGGCAGCACACUGUCUAUAGGUUCUUACUUAAAGUUGGACAUCCCUGCUUUAAGUUUGAGUUCAAAAUUUCUGAAUUGCAAUUACCCUUUCCCUGCCCAUGACUGAUUUCUGUUGGUUUUACAUUUUUUGUUCCAGUCCCCUUGCCAAAAGUUCUCACUACAACAUUGAUGAAGUCUGCAAGAACUUACCAAAGAGAAAUGAUGUACAUUCUUUGAAUUGGGAUUCACGACCUAUUUUCCAGUGCAACAUGGCAAGAAUCAAUUUGAAAUUGUUUAAUUGUUACUUUAGAAGUUGAUAUUUCAAAAUUCAUUUAAUGGUUACCUUAGAGUACAACUUUUUUUUUUUGAUGUGCUUCAAUAACACAAGUCUCUUAUGAAGGUUUUUUGGGUUGGUUAAAAAAAAAAUAUAGUUCAAAUCUUUCAGCGACCUGGAAGUGAAAUAGUACUCCAAGGAGUGUUCAAGUCCCAGAGUGAUGUUCCAAAACAAUGUUUUGUAAAUGUUUUUAAUACAAGUGGACCACAAUCUGUUGACUACUUCUCUUGCAAUACAUGUAAUGUUAAAUGUAAGUACACUAAUAAUAUUGUCAUAAAAAUAUAAUUAAUGUGACAGCAUAGCAUAUCUUUAUUAAUCAAUAUGGUUUGAUUUCGGUAAAACUGAGUGCUAUAUGACUAUAUGUCUUUAAAGUUCAAAGUGUAAAGCUCUUUUCUAUAAUUUGAACAUCUUGAGAUUUGCAGUGAAUUGCUACACGCCACAAAACUAAAAAGCUUAAAAGUGUAAAAAAAAAAGUACAAUGAUAAUUUUGAAAAAAAAAAGUUUUUAUUUGAAAAUUUCUGUAAAUAUGUUAUGAAACAUAAGCACUUAAUGAUGUUUUAAAAUGCAUGAGGAAAAACAAGAAAUACAAGGGGCAAAGAUACUCUGGGCAAACCAUAUUGUAAUAAAUUUACCAGUUAAACAACUUCCUUCAGAUUUAAAAGGAUAUCUCGGAUUAAUAACUGAAUAUGAUAUUUAAUAAAGAUGGUUCUUUGAAAUAAUCUACUUUAAAUUUUGGGUUCAAAGAUGUUGCAGUUAUAUUCAAACCACCAACCCUUGCACAUGUCGAGCGUCAUAAAAGAUAUUUAAAAUAUAUUUGUCUAUAAAAUAGCUAAUCUACAUGUUUAUGUGAUUCCAUAGCACUUUAUUUUGUUCAUCUGUUUCUUUCAUAUUUUUUAAUAUGCUAAAAGAAAAAUCACUGAUUAGGGUUAAAUAUACUUUACUAUACCUUCUAUUGACUUAUGAAUAUAAUUCAGGAUUAACAGGUUUGAUACAAUCUCACAUAUUUCUUAAUAACAAUAUUGUAACUUUCUACAAACAGGGAUUUGUAAAUCUUGCAUACAGUGUUGUCAUAAAGGUAAGAAAUAGGGAUGUACUUGGCCAGUGAUAUUUCGGUUGAUUAAUAUCUGAAGUGUUUGUUCAUUUUGCCUCAACGUCCAUUUCUAUUUAAAAAAAGAAAUAAAAAAGUUGCAUUAAAAUUACUUAUUAUCUUUGUGUUUUUUUUAAUAACAAAAUGUAAAAUUAAUCUGCUUGACCAAUAAAAGUGAUAUACAUUUGCUAAUAAGUUAAUUGUUGAGCUAAUAAGUGUAUAUUCAUUUUUUUCUCCAAUAUUAUUAUUACCAAAUAAUCUUACCAUAUGUUAAUGUUAUACAAACGAUUAUAUUUUUCUUCCCUUCAGACCACAAUGUGAUGCCAUUUGUGAUGAAUCAUGUUCCAACAUGGUAAAUGUUCAUUUUUUUUGUGUUCGCAUAUUUCCUUGUCCAUCAGUGGUGUAACUAAAAUGCUGUGGGUCCCUACAGUGCUUAAAUGAGGGUUCGUAGAUGAGGGUUGGGGGGUUUGGAGGUUAGGAGAGCUUGACCCAACCAAGUAAAUAAUAAAAAUACAUGUGGGUAUAAAAAUAGGAACUUAGGAUAUUUUUAGAUGAUACCAAGUUUGAUCCAUUUUUCUCAACAUGUGAUUGAAUGUGGGUCUAGAUGACCUAAAGAGAUGAUACUAUAUAAUAAGAGUAAGCCCUCUGUUAAUUUCAACCUAUCUUGGAUCUUGACUCUGUUUAUGGUGAGCCAUGUUGGCUUUUUGGUCAUCAAAAAAAAAUUUAAAAUGAAUCAGUGCAAGUAAAACGCAAAAUUAUCAAUCGUAAUGACCAUCAGGUUUAGUGAAGUAACAGCAUAGAAAAACUUGCUGUGGGGCACACCUCGAAACAGAUUAAGUUUACAAAUUUAACUUUUAAAAUCAUACCUUGAUGAAAAAUGUUUGUUUAAAUAAUUUCUCUGAUUUUUUAUUUUUAAAAGACUUCUUAGAUUUAUUUUAAAUCUAACCACGUAUUUAAUUAUUUGUAAAUAUGCUAUAGUAAUUGAUAGUGAUACUUUAAAUUAUGUACUUAUAUUUUUUCCUAUUAGGGCAUGUUGCUAUUGUCCAAAGAAAAAAAUGUGCUUAAUUCAAGACAAAUGAAAGACACUACCUAUAAAGCUGGAUAAGUGUGGAUGAUACUGUUGUAACCUCAACUAAGAUUUUCAUAUUUUUUUAGGUUGUAGAUAUUGUUAGGCUCACAUCUAAAAUGAAUACACCAGCCUUCCAGAAAAUUUAAGCGUCUUCUUAGUAUAUAUUUAGAACCUUUAUAUAUAUUUUUUUUUUUUUGCAUCUACAAAUAUUUUUUUAUAAUGUGAUUUUUUCAUGUUUAGAAAGAAGACUUUAAUUUUCAUUUCAUCCUAAAUUAUUGGUCACUGAAACAUAUGAUUUAUUUUUAAACAUAAUAAAAUAACAAAACUGAAAACUGAAAGAAAAAAAAAACUUAAUGAAAAGUGUAAAAGAUUUAUUUUGGAUCAUGUGAGAACCUGCAUCAAAAUGAAAGAGAUUAUUUCUGCCCUCAAAUCAUUGCACCAAUGUGGAACUUAUAUUAAUACUAUGACAGGGAGAGAUGCAAAUGAUUUGCAGCUGGGUGGUUCAGUGAGGAUCUAUGAAUGAUUGUGGAUGUGCAAUGUGAAUGAUUGUGUGACUGUCACAGUUUGUGUGUGUAUAUACAUAUGUCAGUACUUUUCCCCCUUUCCCAUAUGCAAAUUCUUCUUAUCCCCUCCCACCCAAGUAUGUGACUAUGGUUGACCUCAAAGUUAAAAUAUUUUAGGGGAAAAGCAAAUACCAAAUGUGUAUUUACAGUUAUGAUUAGAAUUGUAGUCAAAUGUGCAUAUCAAAAAUAUUUAUUUAUUAAAAAUUUAAUAAUUUUAUGGGGAAAAUUCAGGUUAAGCUUAGAGAAUGUUAUUUUAAUGGCAGAUGAGAUGUGAUCAUGUGAUCUUUUUAAAAUAAAUAACACUUAAUGUCUUAAUGUGUUUUUUAUU